GGUGACAUGUUUGGUCUGUUUUAUAGUUAUCAUUGCUUAUAUCUAAUUUAAAGGCAGUUAGAGCAUUAACAUUGAAUAUUUCAAUGCUCACUGCUGUUCUGCCAUGUUUGAGAAUGUUUUGACAGAGUGAACAGAUCGUCAUAUCCGAUCAUGAGUAUCCCGUGUUUUGUAAAAACAGUGACCAGAAGUUUCACCAGUGGAUCAGGGCUGUUCAGACCCACUAUAUUGUGUUCAUGUAAAGACACGGUCACACGGAAAAUGUCAUCCAGGAGACAGACUGACCAUCUGAAGAGAACCGCUAGUGUUUACAGACAAAUGGAAAUUUUCACUGCACGAGUUUGUGGCAUUAUGAGUGAAUCUGAUACCGUAAAGAGACUAAGAUUGGAGGUGCCCCAUCCUGACUUCAGCUUUCGUGCCGGACAGUGGGUUGAUUUCUUCAUCCCAGGAGUGGAUACAGUGGGUGGCUUCUCCAUUUGCUCCAGCCCUGGCCUGCUGCAGAGAGAGGGAGUGAUUGAGCUGGCAGUCAAAUACACACAUCAUCCUCCUGCGCACUGGAUUCACACCAGAUGCUCUGUGGACUCUGAAGUAGCUGUGAGGGUUGGUGGUAAUUUCUUUUUUGACCCUCAACCUUCUGACCCUGUGGUUGACCUGUUACUGGUGGCUGGUGGUGUUGGUAUCAACCCUCUGUACUCAAUCCUGCUGCAUGCAGCUGACUUGCACAGACACUCACAUGAUCAUGGGUACAAGCCAGGGCAAACACAUCUCUGCUACAGUGCCAAAAACACUAAGGAGCUGCUCUUCAAGAACACCAUUAUUGACAUCUGCCGUGAGCUUCCAGAUAAAUUGUCCUGCGAUUUCCAUGUUACUCAGCAGAGCGCUGAGAUAGAAGAACAACUUCAGCCUUACACUAUCAGUGGAAGGAUAUCUGAAGAGGUGCUACAGCGUCACGUAGACCCUGAGCGUACACUUUGUUAUCUUUGUGGGCCUCCUCCUAUGAUAGAAAAAUUUAAUGCAGACCUGCAGAGGUUUGGCCUAUCAGAGGACAAAAUCCUUUUUGAGAAAUGGUGGUAGCCCCAUCCCUAUAUCACCACAAGCUCCGGCCAUACCAGAGGCCACAGAGAUGGAUCUCUGCAUCUGUUGCAUCAUAGAAAAAGACCGUAAUGGCAAUGGACCAGUAAUUCCUUUGAGUUAAAAUGCAAAGUACAACAGACAAUUUGUCUGUAUCGUUCUGUACUUCUCUGGAGUCCAUAUAUCCCUGAAUGUGGAUGGGUUUUGUAGUAUAUUUUAACUUAUAAACUUGAGAACAACUUCUGUUAUACCUCAUUUUAAAGGUCUUGACAAAGUGACCAUAACCUGUGCAUAACGUUCUGCGUUAUAGUUCAUUUGCUGGUUAACUCCGCAUAACAAUACUACUUUGAGGGCAAGAUGAAGGAUUGCACUGGGGUAUUUUUUUUUACUACUAUUAUAUAUGUUGUUUUCAAUUUAAUUUUAUAAUACAGAUUUAUUCAUAAAACAGUUGUAAUUCAUAUUCAGAGGUCAUUUAAAACUGGAUUUAUGAAUGAGGAUGCUUUAACAAAAUCUUACGGGUUAAAUACAAGUUAAGCUCAAUUGACAGUUGUUUAUUUGAAAGAAUUAAUUUUUAAAGAAUAAAAAUACAAAUUAAGGAUACAGUGAGGCACUUACAAUGAAAGUAAAAGGGGGUAAAUUUUUUUUAUGUUUUAAAGGCUGAAAUGUGAAGCUAAACGAUGAUUUUACAAAACCACUUUAAUUCUUCUGUUAAAACGUAAAGCAUUGGCAACAAAGUUGAAAAAUAAACUUUACAUAAAAAUGCCUAUUAUCCAUUUUUAUCACAAAAUCAUGUUAAUGCAUAGUUUAUAUCUUGUGACUAUACUUCUGAAACCGUAAGUAUUUUAACAUUUACAGAUUGGCCCCAUUCAUUCCAUUGCAAGUACCUCACUGUAACCCAGAUUUUUGCCUUUUGUUUUUACUUUGUGCGACCCCACGUAUUUAGUGCAUUCAGAAAUUAUUCAGACCCCUUCAUUUUGUUAUGUUGCAGCCUUAUGCUAAAAUGCUUUUAAAUUAUAAUUGUUUUUUAUUUCAAUCUACAUUUAAUACCCCAUAGUG